GAGGAAUUGUCACAAAGAAUCACAAAUCUGCUGAAAUGUUUCCCUGAGACUGGAGACGGCCUGAGAUUUGUCAGUGUGUUUUUGGAGACCAUGUCUAGGGAAUGGAACGGGAUCGACCGGUUAAGGCUUGAUAAGUUUAUGAUGAUGAUGCGAGACAUGCUUCACCAGACAUUUCUGCUGAUGAGUAAGGGCGACUGGCAGGAAGAUGACUGUCGCCAGCUUGCCCUGUCAAUCUACAAACAUGUCAUGUGCGCACAUGAGGCUGGCUUGCCGGACGGGCUCAAGCUUCAUCUGGCUGAUAUUUUUCUGGAUGAGUUGGGAAAGGUUCCUACAGAACAGCUGACCAGCAAAGCCUUGUUGAUUCUGCUUCAGCCUUUCAUUGAGUUUAUCCUGCUGACAAAUAAACCAGAACUUGCUCACCGUGUGAUUUCUCGGAUCAUUUACAAAGCAAUGAAACCCGCAUCAACCAGCAACGCAGUGGUCACAGGUGGAGAUGCAGAAUCUGAUAGUGUGGAUGACAUGGAUCAGGCGGAUGAAGAUAUGGAAGUUGAUGCUCCUGAUCGGCAGAAAGUGGACCAACCAUCUUUCCACCUGGAUAAGGCGGUGCUCGUGAAUUGGCUGUUUGACCUGGCAGGUAGGAAGGUCAUCCGAGCUUCCAACAGGGCACUAGUCUACAAGGUGAUGAGAAAAUACUCAGAUUUGUCGAGUAACAAUCUGGGCCAAAGUGGAAACGAAGAGGAGCAGAAUUUCGUCUGUGACAUCCGAUUUCUCAAGCAUGAUGGGAAGGCGGUGGACCAACAGCAGGGGGGACAAGCAAGUCGAAAACGCAAGAAGAAGAGGAAGAACAUUGAACAUGGUGACAGCGAUAACAUCCCAGGAAGCAUCGAAUCUGAUGUUCUCAACACAGUUGCUGCUGUCAAAGUGAAAAAAAGAAAGUCGGGAGAUGAGAAUAAACCCUCUGCCACACAAAAAGACGAUCAUCUGCAGAGUCCAAGUCCUGGAAAUAAGGUCAAGAAAUGUAAAAUAACAACUCCAGAUCUGAAUUCUGCCGAUAGCUGUGCUAGGGCAACCUUUAUUCCGAGCAGAAAACGUAAAUAUUUAACCGAUGACAGUGACAAUUUACCUGCGAAGAAGAAUAAGUUGAGGCUCAGUAGUGAAGCAGAGUUGACAGAUGGUCAUGUCAGGAAACCCCCAAAGAAGAAACGUAUUAGUGCAGAAGAAACAUGUCUAAUUGAUCCCACUGAGGAGGGGACAUUAGAACUGGAUGUGGAAUCAGACACAAAUUCUAAUGCCAGACCCAAGUACCGAAGUAUUAGCCCCGCAAAGAGCAUUCCGGCAGUCUGUGCUGUUGAGCUGGUGAAGUACAGGGCAUCUUCAGCCAGUUACCUGGGGAAAACAGAUCUGUCUCGGCUGCAGACUAAGCCUCUUUCUCCGAAGGCACGCAAGCAGCGUAUGUCCUUGUCAGAUUGUUCUGAUGACAGGAACUUUACUGAAGGUGCUUCACUACCAUCGGAGAAGCAGCUGAGCAUCAAAAGUCGUGAUAAUUCUGUAGGAUCCGUCAAAUCCUCGCCCUCAGCUGAGAAAGUGGGAGCUGUAAGCGAGUCUCCCAAAACCAAACUGAACAGAAAAUUGACACCAGUGCUUCAAGAAAACAUACAUCUGGCUACGUCUGUUCCAUUUAGCCUAGAGAAGACGCCUAACAUCACCAAAGCAGAAGACGAGGCUGGCUCUUCAGGGAUGACUUUGAGUGCCAAAAAGAAAGUCAUAUUUGAUCUAAGAAGGAACAGAGCAAACAAAUUUCAGGACUAUUUGAAGAGCCUUGCCAAGCAGCCAGAGGCCCCAUUUGAACCAACCAAGAGCCCAGUGGUGGGCAUCCUCAAGUCUCCAGUCAUUUCUCCUGCAUUGACGCCAUCCUCUUCAGAAACAUCCCAACUUUCUUCUAAAAAAGGUGCUGCUUAUCGUAGGAGGUUAUCAGCACCUGGCAGCUUGGUGAACACCCCGGGUAAGAAGAAGAAGAGGAGUUUAUUCAACAAAGGACAGCGGGACCAGUCGCCUUCUGUUGGUAAAGGAAAAACAAAGCACAGAAGCUGA